UUCCAUCCAAAUAUAUCAGGAAUGGAAGCUGAACAGCUCCUUCUAAACAAUGGUUUUGAUGGAUGCUUUCUGUGUCGACCAAGUAAGAGUAAUCCAGGUGAUUUCACAUUAUCAGUCAGGCGUAAUGGAGAGGUGACCCACAUCAAGAUCCAGAACACAGGUGAUUUCUUUGAUUUGUAUGGAGGUGAAAAGUUUGCUACUUUGGCUGAGCUGGUGCAGCAUUAUACAGAAGGGAGGAAUCAACUUAAAGAACGAAAUGGUCAGAUGAUUGAACUCAAAUAUCCUCUCAACUGUGCAGAUCCAACCAAUGAAAGAUGGUUUCACGGGCAUAUCACUGGCAAGGAAGCAGAGAAAUCCUUGAUGGAUAAAGGAAAGAAUGGAAGUUACCUUGUUAGAGAGAGCCAUAGUAAACCUGGUGAUUAUGUACUUUCUGUACGAACUGAAGAUAAAGUCACCCAUGUCAUGAUCAGAUGCCAGGAUACCAAGUAUGAUGUUGGUGGAGGUGAACAGUUUGAAACCUUAACAGACCUGGUAGACCAUUAUCGGAAAAACCCAAUGGUAGAAACAACAGGAUAUGUGGUGCAUCUCAAAGUGCCUUUUAAUGCAACCAGGAUAUCAGCUUCUGGAAUCAGGAAUCGAGUUGAAGUCUUAGAGAAGGAAACAAGCUCUAGAGAAAACUCAAAGAAAGCUGGAUUUGAAGAAGAAUUUGAGGCAUUACAACUGUUGGACAACAAGCAUCUUCUCCCAAGAAAAAUUGGAGAUAAGGCAGAAAAUAAGAGCAAGAACCGUUACAAGAAUAUACUUCCAUUUGACCAUUCAAGGGUUAUUAUCAACGAUGGCUACCCUGGUGACUACAUCAAUGGUAACUAUAUUGAUUUACCAAAGGCAUGGAAGAACAGUAUUGAACUUCAACAACAAGGUGAAAAUGUAGAGAAGAUAGACAUGAGUUGGGAACAUCAGAAACGUUACAUUGCUACACAAGGUUGCCUCAAGGACACAGUACCAGAAUUCUGGAGAGUGGCUUGGCAAGAAAAUUCAAGAGUCAUCGUCAUGACAACUAAAGAAGUAGAAAGAGGGAAGAAUAAAUGUGUACGUUACUGGCCUGAUGCUAAUACCAAGAAGGACAAUGGAUUGAUAACAGUAACACAUAUCUCAGAACAAAGUAUGGCAGACUAUGAUCUAAGAGAAUUCUCACUCUCUCAUAAAGACUUUCCUGAUGAAUCCAGACCAAUGUACCACUUUCACUUUAAGAGUUGGCCUGAUCAUGGUGUUCCUUCCGAUCCUAGCAGAGUUCUUAACUUUCUUCAAGAUGUCAACAAAAAACAGGAAACAUUCCCUGAGGCUGGUCCCAUCAUUGUUCAUUGCAGUGCUGGUAUUGGAAGAACAGGAACAUUCAUAGUCAUUGAUAUCAUUCUCAACCUUAUUAAGCAACAUGGUCUUGACUGUGAGAUUGAUAUCUAUAAUACUAUCAGGCUUGUAAGACAGCAACGCUCAGGUCUGGUACAAACUGAAGCACAGUAUAAGUUUGUAUACAGGGCUGUUCAGCAUUAUAUUGAGACUCUAUCACAAAGAGUAGCUGCAGAGCAGAAUACAUUGAAGACUGGCCGUGAGUAUAUCAAUACUAAGAGAGCACACUAUGAGGUUCAACAGCAUCCAGGCUCUACACCUAUCAUGUCACAACCUCUCAUCAAUGAAGAAAAGAAUGUUUAUCAGAAUGUUGGUCCUAUUAACAAGUCAUCACCUGUUCCUCCAAGGUCACGUCCAGCGCAGCCUCCAGUCCCAAAGUCCAACAAUAUCAAAUAACAAGUCCAGCAAUCAGUCUCUUCAUCUUCUCUUUACAAACAGGCUCUUCCAUUUUGAAUUCUGCUAUAGAUGCUCUCUUUUCUAAGAUGCACAUUGGUUUAGGAAGAACACUUCUUUAUAAAGCAUGUAAAAAAUAUUCUAGUUAAUAUAUCUCAAUUUCCUGAAAUAUGUAAAGGUUUUCAAUAUCAUCUUAAACCAAGAAUAAGUCGCAAAGUUUCUCUGUAAAAUUUCAACAGAGUCUUCAAAAAGUAAGAAUUCAGAAAUUAAGAAAUUACUUUAUCCAAGAGAGUAAUUCUUCAUACUGUCAAAUUUUGAAGUUGUAAAGUUAGGGGGGGGGGGGGGAAUGAGAUACAAGAGCCUCUCUGACACAUUUUUUCUGGAUUGCUUUGAAGUUUCACUGAGAUUGGACAGUGUCCGUAUCUCAUGCUUGACUGAUCCCCAAACUUCAGAAUGUGUUUGAACCUUAUUAUAUUUGUUGAAGCUUUCACUGAAUUUCUUUUGCAUUCAAUCAAGUAUGUGGGUGGUUUAUUCUUGAUCGAUUGUGAUAUGUUAUCAAUUUAAGCUUAGGAUGAACUUUUUCAAGCUCCAUUAAAAUCUCAUAAUUCAUUUUGGGCUACAUAGCAGAUCACGAAUAGAAACCCUAUAGACAUUUUGUCAUGAUCCUAUGUAAUUAGAUUUGUGAAAGAUUUAUUUGGUUACACCCAAAAAUGGCAAAGAUUCUUUACAUAUAUUCAGAAUAGUCUAAUAACUACAAUAUUUUACAAUUAAAGAAGAAAAAAUGAUCUUGUAUAUUCAGAUUACAGGGCUAAUAUAGCUCAUUAUUUCUUUAGUCAAGUUUUAUGACAAUUUGAUAGAUCUUAGUCUUUGGUAUUGGAUGAAGUAAUUGACAUUGCAUGGAAGAAUUAAUUGAUUUAAAAAAUACAAAUAUGAUGUCAGCUAUCAUGUGGAUUUAUGAAGAAAUAAAUGAUAAGUGAUUUGCUAAUCCAAAGAGGGUAAAUUAUGGCAAAUGAAAAUGGAUAUUUAUUUUCCCUCUCUAUUUUGCAGGAUUGUAUAUAAGAUUGUAUGAGAGUGGUUACAAUGAAUUAUUUCAGUUGAUAUCAACACUCUUCAACUAUCUGUUAUUGAGAAGACAUAUUUUCUUUUCUUUAGUUAAAAAUACUAUAGAUUUUUUAGUUCUUUUAUACUCUGCAUUGAUCAUGUUGUUAAAAAUGUUAUUUGUUAAUAUUUAAAUUUCCCAGGCUACAUGAUGAUAUAUUCCUUAUUUAAUUACAAUCUCAUAUUUUAUAUGACAUGACAAUGAAUAAUGUAUAUUGUAUACUCUCUGUGUUCUGGAAUAUGCUACAGAUAUGUGCUGUAUACAGUAGAACAUAAACUUGAAUACAUUCAAUCUAAUGUAACAAAAUGAGGUUAAUUUAUUUAUUUGAAUGUAUCUUCAAAUGAAAUGAUCAAAUUUCAAAUAUGUAUCUAGUGUGUAUGUACAUCACUGUAUGAAGCAAUCUUAAAAGAAAAAUAGCACAACUCUCUAAAUAAUGCACCUGAAAUUUAUUUCCUAAUGAAAUUAGCUUGAAGGGGAGAGGUAUUGUGAUGAAGUUAGAGUAGUAAAUGGUGCUGUAGUCCUAUAAUAAUCAGAUAAAUUGUUUGAUGCACUAUUGUACAUGUACAUAAGCUUGUUUUUGGAAAAGAAUUCAGAUUUGUAUGAUCAUCUUAGUGACAUGUUAAUUUCAUUAUCAUUGCAACAUGAUAACAUGGAAAAAAAUUAUUUGACAGCAUAAUUCAUCCCUUUCCUACACAUAAAAAAGGAUUAGUAUAUUGUUUAAGCCUGGCACUCUAACAACUAGAUUUUAAAACUUUUAAACAAUUUUUGAAACUUUUUGAACAACUUGUUUCAAACUUUAAACAAUACCGUAGUUGUUAGAGUGAUGAGCUUAGACAAUAUGCUAAAAAUUUGAAUCAGUGUAUUUACAGUGAACUGCAUUAUUAAAUCGUAAAAAUUCACUAUAUGGCUGAAACCUCAUUUUAUGGAUCUGACUUCUGUUAUGAAUUUCAUUGUAAACAAAUUGCUUUGAAAAUUUUUGGAAAGGCUGGUUAUAUGAUCUUGAGAUACACUGUAUAUAAUGCAGACAUAUAUCCAAGUCUUCUCAUGAUAAGAGAGACUAAAAUGUACAGACAUUGAUCUUGGGCCUAUUUCAUAAAACUUGUGUUAGAGGACUAUGGUCCCGUUUUAUAAAGAAUUGUUAACUUUUUUCCAUAACAAAUCAGCCAAUCAGAUUGAAGGAUUUCAGUAGCUUGUAACUGUUAUUGCAAAUAUGUCAUUAUAACAAUUCCUAACCCUAGUCCUCUAAUACAAUGAUGCUUACUCUGUCAGAUCUUCAAAAUGUUACACUUGAUCAAAAAUAUAUUCUUUUGAAUUAUGACUUCUAUAUUAGGAUAUUAAAUGCAAUGAGAAGAAGAAUUGGGUUGAGAUCUAUGCAUACAAUGUCUGUAUGCACUGUCAUUAGAUUAGAAUAUUUUGAAGUAUUAUUUCACCUGUGUUCACUGCAUUUUUUUAAAGUAAAAUACCUUUAUCAUGAUUUUUUUAUAGGUAUAAAUGAAUGUUGUAAAACAAAAUUUAGAAAUAAAACAAAUAGAAUAAGUUGGUUUUUGUCGAGUCUACAAUGAGGAAACAUGGACCCUAAAGUAGAUUUGUAACAUCAGUUCUGUGCAAUAUAUUUUUUCUUUUUGGUAAAUUCUUUCAUAUCAAAGAUUGAGGGAUUGUAGUUUGUUUGUGUUUGCUUAUUAGAUCUUUUUCAUCUUAAUGCCUUUAUGUAUUAGAAAUUAUUCUUAUUAUUUGCCUACAUUUUCAAUUCUGGUUUAAUAUUGACGUAUCAAUUGCAGAUUUUCAUUAGCAAGACAUAAUGAAUGUAAAAUUGGUGACUUCUGCUUUAUUUCAUUCAGUGAAAAUAAGGUAUUGAAAAAAAUGAUGAACAAAAUAAAAACCAAACCCCAGCAAGUUGUGAGUUAGUUCAUAGCAUCAAUAUCUAUGCAAGGAUUUUUUUGUUCAAUUUGAUAAGUAUGUCUAACAUGUAGGUGGAAUGUUAACAUACCAAGGCAUUUUUUUUUAAUUAUAGCUAAUGGCCCGAAUUCACAAAGGUGGUUUUGAAAACCAACGGUUGAAUCCUUGCUUUAUGCAGAUUUCCUAUAUAAAUUACGCUUAAUUUAAGCGUGUAUCGGGCGCGUGUUUGUCACAGUGCGCCAAAUUGACGCCUGUUACCAUGGUUAGAUACCUAUUUUAUUCAUGAAUAAAAUAGCGUGGAUAACCACGGCAACAGGCAUCAAUUUGGCGCACUGUGACAAAAGAGCGCAUCAGCAUUGGACAUUUGUUAUACACGCGCCCGAUACGCGCUAAAUUAAGCGUAAUUUAUACAUGAAAUCUGCAUAAACCACGUAUUCAACAGUGGGUUUUCAAAAACACCUUUGUUAAUUCAGGCUAAUAUGUCCCCUCUCCACCCAAAAACAAAGAAUGUGAGAAGAUCACACAAGGUUUACUUAAUUUCAUAAAAUGAUCAUUUGCUUUAGUAUGUAGAUCAACUUUCUACAUUUUGCAUUUGUUUUGUGAAGUCAAUAUACCUAGUACUGGUAAAGCUUAUAGUGGACUGUCCUUUGUUCCAUCAAAUCGUGAUGGUCAACUUUUAUAACACUUUCCCCCAAAAAUCAUCUUAUUCUCUUCAUUAGAUGGACACAUUUUUUUCUUAUUUUUUUUUUUACUUAUGAUGAUAUUAAGAAUGUAAAAUAAUGUUCAUUCAAAAGUGUCAUUGAAAAUACUGCAAAUCAUGAUGAGAUUAUUUCAAUUAUUAACCUACCUAACUCUAUACAGCUUCUUGAUACAUUAUAGGAUUAAUGUAUCAAGUUUCAUAAUGAUGUCCAUCAAAAAUGUUGCCAAUUUCUUUUUUUUUUUUUUUUUUUUUGCUUGUCAUUUUUUCCCCUCCAGAACAUGUGCCCCCUGUUACACUGUAUGGUCUAUAAGAGAGGCAUAUACAUUUUGGUUUUUGAAUUAAGAAGGAUGAGUUUUUUUUAACUGUAUUUUUUUAAACUGUAUAUUUUGUCCUCUCUAGUAUCAACGUUAGUUUUAAUGGGGCAGCAAAAAUAUUGUGAUGUUAUAUUUUUGUUAUUAUAUGAUGGACCAUGUUUCAUAUUUAUAUCUGAAAUUUUUAUUUUCUGUUCUUUAAUAAGAACGAAGAAUUGUUCAUUUGUAAUGUACAUAAAGCAGGAAAUGAAUUCAAGUAGUAGGAAGAUUAAUAUAUUCCAUUAUGAGUAUAUUGAAGAAAAAUGUUGUAUUUGUAUACAAGUAAAAUUGUUACAUUAUAUUUUGGUUUCCUUGUUGAAUAUGAAUAUUUUUUGUAUGAUUUAGGUGUGGUAGAUGAUCAUUGAAUAUAGCAUAUUAAAGGAUAUCAUGCUCGCACCGUAUCAAGUA